GUUGGAGAGCACAGGAAAAGCUUCAGGACGAGUGUGGGGGCAGCUCCCGCGAGUUGGUGUGUAAAUGUGUGUAGUGAGCGGGCCGAGCGGAGAGGAAGCGAGAGCGCCCGAGUUUGCAAAGAGCUGCUUUGUGUUUGGUAUUUUGAGAAAAUGGCCGAAUGCCUAUUUCAGUCAGGAAUGCCGCCGCCGAGGCAGGCGCUGGUGGCAGCAGCACAUAGGAAUUCGUGCAACACGUUGGGCUUUCGGGCUGUGCUGGGACGGUCUUCCGGACAAACGUUAAAAUUUCUUUAGGGAUGGUAGUUAGGGCUUGAGAGGUAUUAGAAAAGACGAUGUUUGGGUAAGAUACCGAGUAGCCUGGACUGUUAAGCCCUGGGAUAGCUUUUGCCCUCAGUUUGUUUUCUGUGAUGGCAUUUGAUUCCGACUUUUGUUGAAUACAGUUAUGGCCACCCAGGUGAUGGGGCAGUCUUCUGGAGGAGCAGGGCUGUUCACUGGCAGUAGCAACAUGGGCAUGGCCUUGCCUAACGACAUGUAUGAUUUGCAUGACCUCUCCAAAGCUGAACUGGCUGCGCCUCAGCUUAUCAUGUUGGCAAAUGUGGCUUUAACUGGGGAAGUAAAUGGCAGCUGCUGUGAUUACCUGGUUGGCGAAGAAAGGCAGAUGGCAGAACUGAUGCCUGUUGGGGAUAACAACUUUUCAGAUAGUGAUGGAGAAGGACUUGAGGAGUCUCCUGAAAUAAAAGGUGAACCCAAUGGACUGGAAAACAUGGAACUGGAAAGUUUGGAACUCAGUGUUGUAGAACCACAGCCUGUGUUUGAGGUAUCAGCUGCCCCAGAGAUUUAUAGUUCAAAUAAAGAUCUUCCUCCCGAAACACCUGGAGCAGAGGACAAGUGCAAGAACUUGAAGACCAAACCCUUUCGCUGUAAGCCAUGCCAGUAUGAAGCAGAAUCUGAAGAACAGUUUGUGCAUCACAUCAGAGUUCAUAGUGCCAAGAAAUUUUUUGUGGAAGAAAGUGCAGAGAAGCAAGCGAAAGCCAGGGAAUCUGGCUCUUCCACUGCGGAAGAGGGAGAUUUCUCCAAGGGCCCCAUUCGCUGUGACCGCUGUGGCUACAAUACCAAUCGAUAUGAUCACUAUACUGCUCACCUGAAGCACCACACCAGGGCUGGGGAUAAUGAGCGAGUCUACAAGUGCAUCAUUUGCACAUACACCACAGUCAGUGAAUAUCACUGGAGAAAACACUUGAGAAACCAUUUUCCAAGGAAAGUAUACACAUGUGGAAAAUGCAACUAUUUUUCAGACAGGAAAAACAAUUAUGUUCAGCAUGUUCGAACUCAUACAGGAGAACGCCCAUAUAAAUGUGAACUUUGUCCUUACUCAAGUUCUCAGAAGACUCAUCUAACUAGACAUAUGCGUACUCAUUCAGGUGAGAAGCCAUUUAAAUGUGAUCAGUGCAGUUAUGUGGCCUCUAAUCAACAUGAAGUAACUCGCCAUGCAAGACAGGUUCACAAUGGGCCUAAACCUCUUAACUGCCCACACUGCGACUACAAAACAGCAGAUAGGAGUAACUUCAAGAAACAUGUAGAGCUACAUGUUAAUCCACGGCAGUUCAAUUGCCCUGUAUGCGACUAUGCAGCUUCCAAGAAGUGUAAUCUGCAAUAUCAUUUCAAAUCUAAGCAUCCUACUUGUCCUAAUAAAACAAUGGAUGUCUCAAAAGUGAAACUAAAGAAAACCAAAAAGCGAGAGGCUGACUUGCCUGAUAACAAUAUUAUUAAUGAAAAAACAGAAACAGAGCAGACAAAAAUAAAGGGGGAUGUAGCUGGAAAGAAAAAUGAGAAGUCUGUAAAAGUAGAGAAAAAAGAUAAUGUUUCAAAAGAGAAAAAGACUUGUAGUAAUGUUUCAAUCCAAGUGACUACCAGAACUCGGAAAUCAGCAAUGGAAACUAAAGAGAUGGAUGUGCAUACAGGAAAUAAUUCAGAAAAAACCUGUAAAACCAAGAAGAGCAAAAGGAAGAUGGAACCUGAAGCCCAUUCCUUACAAGAUCCUGUUAAUGAUGAGGAACCUGUGACAAAAAAGAAAAAGAAGACAGAGAGCAAAUCCAAAAAUAAUCAGGAAGUGCCAAAGGGUGACAGCAAAGUAGAGGAGAAUAAAAAGCAAAAUACUUGCAUGAAGAAAAGUACAAAGAAGAAAACUCUGAAAAAUAAAUCAAGUAAAAAAAGCAAGCCUGCUCAGAAGGAGACAGCUCAGAGGGGGUCUGCUCAGAUAGAGCCUCCUCAGAUACAGCCUGCUCAGACAGAGCCCCCUCCUCCCAUGCAGCCUCCUCAGACAGGGCCUGCUCAGAUGGAGCCGCCUCCUCCCAUGGGGCCUGCUCAGAUGGAGGUUGUUCAGGAGGGGCCUGUUCACAUGGAGCCAAUUCCCAAAAAGUCUCCUCGAAAAGAUAAUAAAAAGGAAAAGUUGAACAUGGAGAGUGAAAAGGCACGGAAGGAGCAAGUCCUUAUUGAAGUUGGCUUAGUGCCUGUUAAAGAUAGCCAACAUCUAAAGGAAAGCACAGGUGCACAGGAUCUUUUACCACCACCCCCACUGCUGCCAAAGGAAAACUUAAAAGAAGAGGAGUCAAAAGACCAAAAAUCAUUCACCGAAAGUGAAGGAAAUAAAGAAGCCCCUCUUCAAAAAGUAGAAGCAGAAGAGGCAGAUAAGAAUCUAACUGGUCUUGCUGCUGUUAUCGAGGAAUCUGCCAAUAUUUCAUCCACUGAACAAAAUUUGAAUGUGCCAGAGAGUGAAACUUUAGAUUGUAAACAUCAGGCUGACACUAUGGUCUGUGAAGUGGACAUGGACACAGGUGAGAACAAAACAGAGAUUCCCCCUGGCAAAGACUUAGCAGUUGAAGAACCAACUCCACCACUGCUUCUUCCCUUACCAAUAGAAAACCAUGAAGCAGUGUCCAAAACUGCUGUGGCAUCACCUCCUGUCACCAUGGCAGUAAAUGAGUCUCAGGAAAUGGAUGAAGAUGAAGGCAUCCACAGUCAUGAUGGAAGUGACCUAAGUGACAACAUGUCAGAGGGUAGUGAUGAUUCUGGAUUGAAUGGGGCGCGGCCAGUUCCACAAGAAACUAAUAGAAAAAAUGCAAAGGAAGCUUUGGCAGUCAAAGUGGCUGAGGGAGAUUUUGUUUGUAUCUUCUGUGAUCGUUCUUUUAGAAAGGAAAAAGAUUACAGCAAACACCUCAAUCGCCAUUUAGUUAAUGUAUACUUCCUUGAAAAAGCAGCUAAAGGGCAGGAGUAAUUAAACUUUGGACAAGGCUUCAUUUCUUAGGUUGUAAGAUCUAUUACAUUUUAUAUUCUUUUACAGUAGUAGACAACCUUUUAUUUUUAAAAUUGCUUUAAUUAGUGUCCAGUGUUGAUUUUUAAGUGGCACUCUUUUCCUUAGGACUCUGUAUACCUAUUGAUGUAUAAAGUUUAGCAAAUCCAAGGGAGUUAGUGUACUAAAACCAACAGACACCUAAAUCUGUUAGCUUAUGCAUUUAAUUCAAACAAGAAGGCCAAGGUGGUAUUACAGCAUUCUGUUGCUUUGUGCAGCUAUAACUUGUCAGUUUUUUCCCCAUGGCUAUCUUCUGGUUUACUCUAGUUUAUUCUUAGUUCCUUGUUUAGCUCUAUAAAAAUUGGCAUACUUAAAUAGCAAAUUACUUGAAGAAUUUGCCUGCUUUAUAUAAAGUUAGCACUUUAAAAUUUUUUUAGAGAUGAGAAGAGACAUGUAAAUUGAAGAAAAAUUCUCCCAACAAUGGACGUUGUAUCAGUCCAGGUUUCAGAGUUUGGCAGUGCAACAUGAAAGAUUAGGAAAAGCAUUGAUGAAGUGUGGGUGGAAAACUUGUUAAAAAUCUGAGAGUGAAGUUUGAGUUAAAAGACAUUUGAACUUGGAAUUGACUGGGAGGCCAAAGAUUUAAAGAAGCAGAAGAUUCUCUCAAGACAUGAGGAGUAAGUUGUGUGUUAAUGAUAUGUGUUUUGUGUGCAUGAAUGGAAAUUUGUAAAUGAUGUUGAAUACUAGGUAUAUUCUCGGCUCCGACAAUCAUUGUCAACAGAAAAUCAAGCUGCAAAUAUUUAUGUUUUAAAACUUAAAUUAUAAAGCUAGUUAAAUCUUUCUAACAACUAGUUUUAAUGUUCAUGGGUACAUUUUAUGUAAGUUACCUUUUACAUUAUAUAUGAAAAGAUUCAUGUUAAUUACAGAUUGGAGAUUGGGAAUCAGUUUGGGGAAGAGGUGUUUGUGGAUUCUUUCAUACUACAAAAGAAAACAAUUCGACUCUGGGGAAUUGGACUAAUUUUCUUAUCUAGUUUUUAAGACUAGAACGCUAAAAACAAAAUAUGAAGACAUUUAAAACCCCUUAUUAUUAAAUUGAUCUGUGAAAACAUUGUUACUGGAAAUUGAGUUGGACUUGAGGCCUUUCUUCCAGAAAACAAGGACUUGAUUGUCAGGCCUAUAUUAGGUUCUGAACCUUAAUGCCAUGUAUUUGUACUUAUUAAAAAUUGUUUCAAUGAAAAGCAUAUUAGUAAUAUGAACUUCUGGUCUAGUUGGGAGUUCUUCCAUUUGAAAAAUGUGAUAUUUGCAUGGAACUGUUUGAAUCUUUUUGUUUUCUCAGUUUCCCCUCCACUGGAUAGAAUUGAAGCUAGAAUUUUCCCUUUUGAUAAAGAAAUGAAAAGUGAACAUGUUAUUUGUAAAUUGAUAUUUAGUAACUAGAGAUAAACUUGAAAUACUAGAGUACAUUAUAAACCUAAUGCUAGGUAGUCUUAUGAAAAUGUAUCUCUUUAACUAUCUUUUGAACCUGUAUUCGCAUUGGUUUUCAAGAUAUUUUAAGUUAUAUUUUUUCCUCUUUUCAGAGCUGCUUCUUCGGGGCUACUUUUUUUUUUUUUUUUUUUUUUUUUUAUUGAGGUGUAAUUCACAAGGAGCUACAUUUUUUUGGUAAGGCUUCUUAUAACUAUGGCUGGAUGUUUUGCUCUAGUCUUCCAAGAAGGGCCGUUGCAUCUUUUAGAGUCAUUUCUAAAGUCAUCUGGUCUUUAACUUAGGGGACUAUUUUGCAUAUGAGUGCGAAUACAAAUUUAAACGCAAGUAGACCUCAUCGCAUGUCACCCCAUGAAUGUUGACAGUGGAAGGAAUACCUUGCCUGUAGUGUAUCAGUUCUGGACUGAAAAGCUGGGGAAGAAACCCAUUUUUCUGUUUUGCAUAAAUCAGAAAUACAACUAGUGUGCCGAGUUUCCUUAUUGACCUCAGCAGAUGAACUGAAUUGAUAGUGUUAAUUCAGAUCCAAGAAGUUGUCUGAAUCUUGGUUUGUGUAGAUUUGUGAUCUACAUGCAAUAUUAACUAAAUCAAAUAGCUUUUACAGUUUCACAUGUGUAUAUAGGCCCUCCCCACCCUUUUCAACAUCCAUUAGUUAUUGAACUUUGUAAACUGGCAUUGAAACAUUACAGCAAUAUUUUGUUGCACCAAUUUUGUAAACUUUUACAGUGCAAUACGUGUUAUUUUUCAGAGACAAACCAAAGGUUAAUUUCUCAAGGUUCUUGCUGCCUGCUUUAGCAGCAUUUGAUGGAGGAUCUUUUAUAUACAUUUGUAAUAGAU